AUGUUACCAUUCCAAAGGAAGAGAUCUGCAUCACAGGCAACCGAAAUAGAUUUAGCCGAAAAAUCUAGAAUCCGUCUUAAUGCUGCAUUUGAGCUCAUGGGUAAUGAAAUAACGAGGAGUAGAUUACAAACAUAUUUUGGGCAAUUUGGUGAUGUUGUGACUUUCGACACUACUUACAAGUUAAAUAGUGCACAUAGACCAUUUGCGUCUUUUGUUAGAUUUAACCAUCAUAGGGAAACUGUGAUAUUUGGUGCAACUUUGAUGUAUGAUGAGACCGCCGAUUCUUUUGUAUGGCUUUUUAGAAGAUUAUUGGAGGCAAUGUCAAGUAAGGCUCCAAAAACAAUUUUUACGGAUCAGGAUGCUGCAAUGGCUAAGGCCAUACCUAUUAUCAUGCCUAACACAACCCACCGCCUUUGCACUUGGCAUUUGAUGCAAAAUGCAUUAAGGCAUGCAAAUUCUAUCUUCAAGGAUAAGGCGGUGAAGGAUAAGGGAAUGAAGAGUGUUUUAUCCACGUUUAUGUACGACAUUGAGGAUGAGGAAGAGUUUACAUUAAAAUGGGAGGAAAUGCUUGACAAGUAUGAAGUAAGAGAUAAUCAUUGGUUGAAGUUAACAUUUGAGGUCAAGGAAAAAUGGGGUUGGCCAUGUGUUAUAAAUGCAUGGGGUGCGGGCAUGAGUAGCACCCAACUUAGUGAAUCCUUUAAUGCUUUCUUGAAGGAUUUCAUUCAGUCUGAUCAUAACUUAAUGCAAUUUUUCAUGCAUUUUGAUCGAGUUCUUUCUGAGAAGAGGUACAAAGAGUUACAAGCCGAAUAUGCUCUAUGCCAAAAGUUGCCAAGGGAUGAGUAUGUCAAGUCCCUUGAAGUAAACAUUGAAGAAAUUGAAAAUGAUGGUGAGAGUACCGUUUAUAUGGUUCUUGAUAGUGAUGGUAUAAAGAUCCUUAGAGAAAGACUCAAAUUCAAAGAGAUUCCUUCACAAUAUAUUCUGAAGAGAUGGACUAAAAAAGCAAGAUUUGAAAAUGUGAAAGAUAGGUGUGGGCAUGAUAUUCAGGUUGAUGUAAGAUUGCAUCAAACUUCACGCUAUAGGUCAUUGAUGGCAAUAUUCAGAGCAGUAGCGUGUAGAGCUUCUAAAAGUGAGGAAACAUAUAAUUUGACGGUAGAGAAAGCGGAUGAAUUAAUUGCAAACAUUGAAACCAUGUGA